AUGAUUCGUGGCUUCGGGGAUAUUAAUAAAGGCAAAGAAGAGUCAAAAAGCAAGAAAAAUAGUGAUUUCUACACUGGAGGACAAGCAAGCGGACUCGCAGUAUCUUCACCAGAUGUCGCAAACAUUGUAGAAAAGGCCCGACAAGGCGGCCAAGACCAAAGCGCUCCAGCUGACCCUAAUGAAAUGAAAAUCAGAGUAACCCUCUGGGCAAACGGGUUCUCUGUUGACGACGGACCAUUUAGGGAUUACAAUGCACCUGAAAAUCAACGCUUCAUGGCUCAAAUGAAUGAAGGAAGAGUUCCAAGCGAAUUAAUGUCAAAAACCAGAGGGAAACCUGUGAGCGUCGAACUUUCAGAUAAGCGCCAAGAGCAAUAUGUGCCUCCACCCCCACCUCCUUAUAUUGCCUUUUCUGGCCAAGGCAGUUCAGUUUCAAAUACAAGAUCUCAAGCUUUAGAUGCAGUCAACGCAGAGUUUUCAGUGCCGUCGUUUGACCCUAACCAGCCGACUACGACUGUCCAGAUUCGAUUUCACAAUGGCCAAAGGAAAACACUGACACUGAACUUAAAUGCGAGGCUGAAUGUGAUUUUUGACUAUGUCAUGAUGGCAGCGCCUGUGGAUGGGUCUUUCGAGCUAGUGUCAGGAUUUCCUCCAAGGCCUCUUCAAAACCCGAGUCUGACGAUCCAAGAAUCAGGAGUUGCAGGAAGCGCGGUCAUUCAAAAAUUGCUUUAA